AUGGUGGAAUCAGAGAGUUUGUGCGAUUCUCCAUUUCGUCAGCAACCGCCGGCGCUGAAGCCAAAGCAAUACGGAGUCACCAAGCCGAUAUCUCUUGCGGGGCCUACGGAGGCUGAUAUUCAAAGAAGCAGGAAGUUGGAGAAGUGUUUGUCAGACGCUGGGCUAUAUGAAAGCCCGGAUGAAGUUUCCAAGAGGGAAGAUGUCUUUGGUCGUAUUAAGCAGAUUGUGAAAGAUUGGGUGAAGGAGCUUACUCGCUUGAGAGGGUACACAGACCAAAUGGUGGAGGAUGCCAAUGCUGUUUUGUUUACUUUUGGUUCUUAUCGACUUGGA